UUAUUUAUCCAUUAAUAUUAUGUGGUGCACUAUGGAAUUUGCUGCUUUCACUGAGGAAGUUGACCCAUAAUUUACUGGAUUUUGCAACAAAUAUCACCAUGGAUUGGCUAAUGGGGAAAGCAGGCCGUAGCAAAGAAAAAAGCAAGCCAGCCCCGAGUCCGACGGAAGAACCCAAGCUGUACCUGGAUGCGCAAAACGUGAAGGCCAAUAUCAUUGAGUUUGACAUACGAGAGAUAGUAAGGUUACCCCACGGACUUGAUCAAAAUGAAUGGCUCUGUACAAAAACCCUCUCUUUCUUCAACAAUGUGAAUCUACUAUAUGGUGUGUUAGCAGGACAGUUCUGCACCAAUGAUACAUGCCAGAGUAUGAUGGCUCCCGGCAAUGUAAUAUACCAAUGGCAUGAUGACAAGGGGAAGAAGAUGAAAUGCUCAGCGCCUCAGUACAUUGAGUUUGCCAUGGUGAAUGCGCAGAAACAUAUAGAUGACGAGACUAUAUUCCCUACCAAAUAUGGUAAAGUCUUCCCUUCUGAUUUUGAGUCUGUGAUCCAGCGUAUCCUGCGGCUCAUGUUCCAGGUGCUGGAGCACAUCUACUUUGCGCACUAUGAGCAGAUGACGAGGCUAGACCUCCACCACCACCUCAACACCAUCUUCACCCACAUGGUGCUCUACGCGCAGGAGUUCAAGCUCCUGGAACAGAAGGAGAUCUCCGGGUCCCUCGAAGACCUCAAGGAAGCGCUCCACAUCAGCCUCUCCCUCUCCUCCUCCUCCAAUCCAGCCUCCUCCACCUCCUCGUCGACAUCCUCAUCGACGACCAUGACAACGGCGUCCAAUUCACAGUCGUCGUCGUCGAACUUGAACACGAAUCCAUGACGAAGAUGACGAUUCAUAGGGUGUAAGGGGUGAUUUGUUGUUCGUUGGGGAGGAUGUCUCUUAUGUGGUUUAGCGCUUACUUGGCGAGAGUCACCGUGCCAGCUAGCCAAGUUUAUAGUAUAUUGAAUAAUUUUUUACCCGAGAGGCCUCGUCUGCGUCAGUGCUGUUCUUUCUGAGGGUCUUGCAACUUUUGUUAUCCCAGCAGUCGCCAGGUACCCAUCUACACCUGGGUGGAGAGUGGCAGUUGUGGAUUGAUGUCUUGCCAUUAGACGUGAGUGCCGGCGGCCCCUGAUUGGAAUGCUCAACCUUAGGGUUGAGAGCCAAGUGAAGGAA